GAAACAGAGUAAGAACAGGGACGACCUGAAUAUUUAGAACACAGAGGGAAAGAUGGAAAAAAGAUUAAAUAUAGUGUUUAUUGCAACCUUGGCCAUUGCAGCUUUGUUCCAGAGCUCGUUGGCACAAAGAGAUUACGUUGUUGGCGAUGCUUUAGGCUGGGUUAUUCCUCCAGGUUCCUCUACUUAUCCCACAUGGGCAGCAAACAGGACUUUCGCAGUCGGCGAUACACUCGUGUUUAAUUUCAUUAAUGGAGCGCACGAUGUCACGAAGGUGACGAGGGCUAACUAUGAUUCUUGCAAUGGUGGGAAUCCUCUUCUUAUGUUUUCGAAUAGCCCUGCGAAUGUUACCCUCAACGAAACCGGUAGUCAUUACUUCAUCUGCGCGUUUUCCGGCCAUUGCAGUGCCGGUCAGAAACUGGCGAUCAACGUUAGUGCUUCUGGUUCGUCUCCGGCUCCUCAGCCGUCAACCGCCGCUCCUCAGCCUUCUCCGCGUCCUCAACCUACCAUUCCACCAGCUCCUAGUCCUAGUCCUAUGCCGUCUACCCCUGCUCCAGCGCCUCAAGGUGUUUCGCCGGCACCUGUAUCUGGUCCGACGACUUACACUGUUGGAGAUACCUCGGGAUGGGUUGUACCAACUAACGGUUCUUCGAUGUACCAAACAUGGGCUAAUGACAAGAACUUCAUGGUCGGAGACAUUCUAGUUUUCAACUAUGUUACUGGUACCCAUGAUGUGCUCGAGGUAUCGAGAGCAGCUUAUCAGCCAUGCAAUGUAACCAAUCCAAUUUCAAACUGGACCACCGGACCAACAAGAGUCACUCUCAGGACGCCCGGCGACCACUACUACAUCUGCGGCGUCCCCGGCCACUGCUCUGCCGGGCAACGGCUGGCUAUCAAUGUCUCCACCAGCUCCACAGCAACCCCACCAUCCUCCACCAACGGCCCCUCUUCUCCCACCAAUCCUUCAUCUCCCGCCGGAGAUAAUAAUGCCACUCCACCGGCGCCGGGCACCUCAGCAGCAUCUCUGGCUUCUGCGAGUCUCUCAGCUACUUUCGUGUCUCUGAUUGUAGUUUUCUUCAUGUAAUUUAAAUAUAGUGUU